AUGCGCGCUCACUAUCUCGUCGCUGGCUUGCUCGGCCUCGCCGGCCUUGCCUUCGCCGUUCCUACUCCCGAGUCCACUGCCGUCUCCCUAAUCCCGACCUCCCAACCCGCCGACGUCACCGACCUCGAGUAUGUUGCCCCCGAAUGUAACAUGGGCCAACAGCCAGACAUGUGGCUCGCGGCUAUCUGCGGCAACCACACCAACACGAGCACCAUGCCUAAGACCUGGCUCGGCGUCUGCGCACUACUUACCGCCGGCGUCGCGCAUGAAGUCACAACCACGGUUCAAGACCCUGGUCUCAUGUGCAGAUUCUACGACGACAGCGACUACUGCAACAGCGACUUCGUCGUCGCUACCCUUACCCACCAUUUCCGGAUCCCGUCGGCGAUUGGCAAGCAGAUCAAGUAUGUUAGGUGUGAUAAGGCGCCGCCACAUGGGGACUCUGGUGAGAUUGAGGGUAGGGCUGACGAUGCUCUUCUGGCCGAUACUCCUUUUGUUCUGGGAGCGGAAGACAUCAAGCACGCCGAAGAUGAUAGCGCUCUUCCCAUCCACGACGCCCACGACGCCGACCGCACCCAACCCGAAGACACUUCAGCUUGGUCCCCAUCCCCCUGUAUGAACCCCGGAUCGGACUCCUACUUCUUGAUCGUGUGCGGCGGUGGUAACGCCAACUGGAUCCCCAACAAUUGGAUGAACGCGUGUGUGCGGCUGUCCGAUACCGUUGGGCACCACGUCGGUACUGUUAUUCAGAACGCGCACAUCAUGUGCAAGUAUUACGACGACAGUAACGAGUGCAAUAGCGACUUUAAAGCGUACUCCGACAAUUAUUCAGAGGACAUCGAGAUCUUUUCGUAUCCACCCCAGGUCGGAAACCAGCUCAAGUAUGUCAAGUGCAAGCAGGGUGAGUGGCGCAGGGGUAUUGCAUCUUCCUCCGCCUGUAUGAACCCCGAUGCGAGCCACUACUUCCUGUCCAUCUGCGGCAAUGGCAACGCCAACAACAUCCCCAACAACUGGAUGAACGCAUGUGUGUCGCUGACCGAUACUGUUGGGUACCACGUCGAAACUCUUACUCAGAAUGCGCGCAUCACGUGCAGGUACUACGACGACAGCAACGAGUGCAAUGGCAACAUCGAAGGGUCCUCCACUACUUACGAGAAAGAGGAGAGCUUUACGAUUCCACCCGAUGCUGGAAACCGGAUCAAGUAUGUCAUGUGCAAGAUUGGUCAGUGGCGCAGGGACGUUGGUGAGAUUGAAGCUCGAGAGAUCGAUGCUGCUUCCGGGUCACCGGAGAAGAUUAUCGACGCCAAAUUCGCAAAAAAAGCCUGGGCCUGCCAGAAUCCUCUCCCAGGCAUAGCCUACCAGGUACUGCUAGUCUGCUCUCAGGCCUACGCCCAACAGGUUCCGGAAAUUCACCAAAAAAGCUGUAUGAGGCUGGCAGACCCAGUUGCGCUUCACGUCGACAGUUUCCUCCAAGACGCAAAUAUGACCUGCGAUUUCUACGACAGUAGCAACGGAUGUUCCGGCAAGCAGAUUUUCCACUCCACUACACGGGAAGAGCAGUAUCGUUUCGAUAUUGAUUCGAAGUGGGGAACUUGGAUUAAGCAUGUGAAGUGUCGAUGGGACGAUACGUGGUACCAGACUGGUGGGAUUGAAGCUCGAGAUGUCGAUGGUACUUCCUCUCCAGACAUUCUGGUCGCUCCAAAAGUCGUGGUCGCUCCAGACACCGACGUCUCGCCAGACACUGAUGUCUCACCAGACUGGGCCUGCAUGAACCCGUCCCCGGAUAACCAAUACUUGGUUGUCUGCAGCCAUGGCGUAGGCCAACUCAUGACCAACAAGCUCUUGGGUAACUGUCUGAAGCUAAACAGCGAUAUCGCGUAUAACGUCGAUUCUUUCAUUCAAGAUCCAGGUCUGAGGUGUAGGUUCUACAACGACCGCCACUCAGACUGCAAAGGCGAACCCAUUUACACCGCUCAAACUCUGGACAAGCAACACCUAUUCAAGAUCGAUGCGAAGUACGGGACUAGGUUCAAGUACGUUUGGUGUUACAAGGGCGACCACCAGCUGAGCGAUGUUCCUGCGCUCGAAGCUCGAGUAGCGGAUACGUCUCUCGAGGCGCCAUCUUUCGCGGUCGAGGAACCGUCCGGGCUCAUCGCGCGACUCAUCAGCGAUACCGGCUACGCCUUUGAGUAUCAAAAGAACUUCGCUGGGCUCUGCAUCAAACUCCCGGACACGGUAUCUCGUCAUUUGACGCACGCAGCCUUGGUCGAUCAUACCGUCUGCAGGUUCUACGAGAGCGGCUGCUUUACUCUUAUUAAGCCUCUCUUCACUGCAAAGAGCGAGGCCCCCUACACCAAAGUUCCUGUGCCAUCGGAUGUCAGCAAGAAAAUCACCCACGCUGUCUGCGGGCCUUCGUCUGCCCCACACAAUGAGAUCGAUGCGCGAGCGGAUGCUAUAUCUCUUGAAGCUAGCCCGACAGCCACCUCUGCAACAACGAUGGCCAAGGAGUUCCUAGCAAGGAUCUACAGCAGCACAAGCAACAUGGCUGUUCUCAGCGACAAGAAUAGAGCCUGCGUUCGGUUCAACGACGAUAUGUCCCACGAUGUUACCAAGGUAGAAAUGGGAGCCAACACUCUCUGCGUGUUCUACGACAACGCUUGCAGUCGAGCUGGAUACCCCGUCUUCACCUUUUCGACCACGGAGGGGUACUUCAGUCGAAACGUGCCAGCAGAUGCUUCCAAGCAGAUUACCCACGUCAUUUGCGGGAAGAAAGACACUCACGCUGCGAUCGAGACACGAGCGGAUGCUACAACGGCAGCUCCGGCCCUCCUUGCGAGAAUCUUCAGCAGCACAAGCUACACGGAUCUCCACACGCAAGGCGACGACCGAGUCUGCGCUGGGUUAGGAGAAUAUAUUUCCCAUGAUGUUACCAAGGUAGAAAUGGGAGCUCACACUCUCUGCGUUUUCUACGACAACGAUUGCACCCUAGCCAAAUACCCCGUCUUCACCAUUUCGACCGACAAGGAGCAGUCUACCACUCGAGACAUGCCAGCGGAUGCUAGAUGGAAGAUCACCAACGUCCUUUGCGGGAAGAAAGACGGUUAUGCCAACGUCGAAGCGCGAGCGGAUGCUACAACGGCAUAUUCGGGAACCCUUGCGAGAAUCUUCAGCAGCACGAGUCGUCAUGCUAUCCUCAGGGAAAACGGCCGAGCCUGCGUUAUGUUAAGAGAUCGUGUUGCCAACAGUGUUACGAGUGCGACUCUUGGAGCUCACACUCUCUGCGUAUUCUACGACAACGAAUGCACAGCCAAAUACCCCGUCUUCACUAUUUCGAGCGAUAAGGAGCAGUUCACCACUCGAGACGUGCCAGCGGACCUUGGCAAGAGGAUUACCCACGUCCUUUGCGGGAAGAAAGACGGUUGGGCCAACGUCGAAGCGCGAGCGGAUGAUACAUCUCUCCAAACCACAGCCCAGAAGACGAAGAUGGCCCGAGUCUUCGGCGAUACAGCCGACCUGUACAUCUACGACGACAACGACGCGGCUUGCGUUGCGCUCAGCAAGCAUGUGGCUAAUGACGUUGUCGGAGUACAGCUAGAAGCCGGCAUUCUCUGCGUAUUUUACACCAAUGCCUGUAAUAUCGCCAAGUUCCCGAUUUUCCGCGCUUCUAAUGUUGGGCCCGGUACCUUGCAUGUGGAUAUCCCGGGGUAUACUGGCCGCGACAUCUCACACGUCGCUUGCGGGAAGAAGCAUACUCUUGAUGCUGAAAUCAAUGCGUGGGCGGCUAGUACACCGAUUGUCGAUGCCCGAGCGGAAACUACACUCACUGUCGAUGCGCAGGCGGUUACUACACCCAUUGUUGACAGCACGGUACUGACGACUUUACACUUGGACGGCCCGGAAAUUGCCAGAGUAUUCAGCAAGACUGCCAUGUUUGGCAUUAACGACGAGGACGCCAAUACCUGCAUCCCACUUGGCGACUCCAUUGCGAAUGAUCUUUUCGCUGUGGCUGUACACGAAAACGUCCUCUGCAGGUUGUGGAAGGACAGCUGCGAUGUAGCCAAGGGUCCUCUGUACCAGCUUCACUCGAACAAGGGGGAUGUUGCUUCUAAAGUGCCUUCCGACAUUGGCAAGCAGCUUACUCAUUUCAUGUGUAUGCGUACCAAGCCUCAAGCUACAAUUAUCACGCGAGGCGCACUAGACACUUCGAUGGCCGACCCUGGAGCCAUGGCCUUUCUGUUCAGCAGCGCUUCCCAGCUUGGUAUCUACGAUGAGGAUGCUAAGAAGUGCAUCCCGCUUGGCGAUUCUAUUGCGCAUGAUCUCAUCGCUGUGGCUGUACCCCGAAAUGUUUCCUGCUCGUUCUACAAGGACAGCUGCGAUGUAUCCAAGGGUCCUACUUUCCUUGUUGCGUCGGGCCAGGGGCGUGGGGAUGUUCAUUACGUGCCCGCGGAGAUUGGUGAGAGGCUUACUCAUGUCGUUUGUAUGCGUACUCAGCCUUCCGCUGACAUCAUUGCGCGAGAAGAAGGUCGGUCUACCGAGGCCCCGACAUAUCCGAAGAAGUCUUCUCGAGCCACCGACAUCACGAUCACUCAGCAUCUUCAUCCAGAGAGCGGAUAUAGCCCCGUACCCCUUCUAGUCGGCGAUCUCUUCGUCUGCUCUUGGGAGCACGCCAAUGGCUGCUGGAUCAUGCAUACACUCAACAAGUGCUUGGACCUUCCACCACAGAUUGCCUACAACACUAUGUACAUCGAACAGUCCAAGGGGUCGUUCUGUAAAUACUACAGGAAGGCUGGAUGCAUGGACGGCGACGAGUUCUGGCGCCAUACCUCGGGGCCGGAGGAUGUGGCUCAAAUUUCCGGAGAUGGAAUCAAGAAUCUCGCUAGCGCAUGGUGCGGAGGUACCGGUGUGACAUCUGAGAUGGAAGUCGUUUCUCAUGACCAUCCUAUUGAAAUGGUCACCAACGUUGACUCUUCCAUCUACGCCAACGAUAUCACCAAGCGCGAUUCUACCUCCACGGAAUGGACACCCGCAUGGACACUACCUAGAGCCAUCCGAGUAGGCGAAGUAUUCGCCUGCUCCGAAGACCAGGCCUCCGGCUGCUGGUAUAUCAACGCCCCGAACCAAUGCACCAAUUUCCCGACCCAGGUCGCCCACAAGUCCAAAUUCAUCAUCCAAGGUAAGGGUACAUGGUGCAUGUAUUACCUUGAGCCCGGCUGCUGGGACGGCGACGAAGCUUGGCAGCACACAUCGCCUCCCACAGACCACACUACCUUUGGCGUGAAGACCAACGUGGUCGCGAGUGUGGAGUGCCGAGCUGCUGGCGCGACUGCAAACGAGAUCACCAAGCGCGACUGGCCCCCAGGCUCAACAACAGUCUGCCACCAAGCGCACUACCAGUUCUGUACCGACAACGCCAUCAACGCUAUUCAGCAAUGCGCCAACUUUGCUCCUGCGGAUCAGGGCCCACUCUCGAUUAUCCAGUAUGGCGGCGCGUACUGUAAGUGGUACCGCGACUUUGGCUGUGGAGGCGGAGAGGACAAGUCGCCCAUGAGCAUUGAUUCUAGGGGUGGAGAGCAGUGGGUUGAUGAUUUGAGCGUGGAGAACAGGUUCAAGAGCGUCAAGUACAUCGAAAUGGAUAGCCCAGCUGAUCUAGAUGCCUUCUUCGCCUUUCAGAACAGUCAGUUCGCCACAGACCACGCAUUAGACGAUGGCAGCUUCGCCGGCCUGUCCGAAGCACUGGCAACCUCGAAUGCGGCGUCUUCUCAAUACAAUGAGACCUGGAUGAUGGAUCGGUCGCUUUUGGAUCUAUCGAACCAUUCCACCGCCUCUUCGUCGCCUUUCACGCCAAGCGCAUCGAUAUCCCGACCUAAGCUUGGCAGCCGCUUCUCGCGAGAAGUCAUCCGUACGCUCAAAGACUGGCUUACUGUUCAUCAAAAGCAUCCUUAUCCCAGUGAGGGCGAAAUGAUGGCACUUCAAGACCGAACGGGAUUGAACAAAGCGCAGCUUACAAAUUGGUUCGCAAAUGCCCGUCGACGCGGCAAGGUGCAAAGUGUUCGUCCUACUUCGCCGCAAGUCAAGAACUCGCCCACUUCUCCAGUGGAUAUCAUUCCGAGGCCUGGAACACCUGCUGUUAGGAUGGCGUCGAAUCAUAAAGACCCUAUGCAGCGUUGGGUGGAAUCGCCGCCGGAACAUGAACCUGCUGCGGUUGACGACAUUGCACGUGCGAUGGCUUCUACCUCACGUGAGUUGCCCAGUCGUGUAAUGAAGUGA